AUGAUCUUUAAUUCAUUGUCUGCCUUCGGGGAUCCAGGAGGUAGUGAAUAGGAGCAAUAAUUAGCUCUCAAUCAGUAAUUGCUUCAAAGCAGAAUAAUGAGAAAGGAAUCUAGUAACAACCACAUUAGUCUUGGAACUCCUCAGAUCAUUCAUCCGCAUAAUCUCGUGUUGCAUAUUCAGCAAUAACCUUCUGCUUAGAUUUUAUAUGAUCAAGCAAAUUAGAGCCAAGCUCUUCUUGCUUAAGCUACACUGUUUCAAUAACUUACUCAAAAUCAGCCUGUGUUCUAUGAACAUGAUACGAACGGCACCCUAAAUAAUCUAAUGGUGCCUUAGUCAAAUUAGUAAACUCAGCCGUAGGUCCUACUUGAACCUUUUGCCACUCAUUUCAUUUAGUAAUACAGUAUGUCAGAUAUCAAUAGUUUAUCUGUAAGCAAUAAAAACUCUUUCCAUACCGAUGACUCUCAGAAUCCUUGCGGUGCUUCAUUGAAUAAUUAGUAGCAAGAUCAGCAAAAAGAAACAGUGCAAUUCACCAGGUAAUCUACUCAUACUACCAUAAGAAACAGCAAAAACUAGAAUAUAGUCAAUAAUGGAUUGAAAUCUUUAAAGUUGAAUGAUAUUGAGCAGGAUGAAGAGAUUGAGCUUAAUGAAGAGCCUUAUGAUACAAUUAAGAUAAUUAAGUUAGAUUAUGAUCAGAUAUCAGAAUUUAAUUGUUCCUCUGUCCAAAUAAUCGAUAAAAAUAAGUAAAAUGAUCAAUAAAAUCCUGACCAAAGCCUUAAAGCUGAUUUAAAAGAAAAAUUGAAUGAUGAGGAUGAAAAAUUGAACUAAAGUGAGGAUAGCAGUCAGAUUUUGAACGUAUCUCUUUAAAGUUAUCUCUUAUCUAACUCAACUUCUCCUUUUAUUCCAGAAAAUAAUAAUUCAAAGUAAGCCUAAUCUCAGUUAAAAUAGGAGACUCAGUAUCAAACUUUAGCUAUUGGCUAAUCAAUUUGGAGCCCAUAACCAAUUACAUCAACAUAACUAUCAUCCACAAGCCUUGUCUAAAAGGUUAAUAGUCAAAGUCAAGCAGCUGAAUACUAAGUUUAAUAAACAUAAUAGAGUUAAGAGAACCAGAUAUAGCAACAAUUCACAAAUCAGCAAAUUCCAAUAUAAAUUUCUCAAUAGCAACAACCGCAGUAAUUAGUUCAAACCUAAAAUCUGUAAUCAUCUCCGAUUUAAACAAUCCUGAAUUAACAGUAAAUCCUCCUUAACUAGGAUUAUUAACCAACCACUAAUUCUUCCUCCUAAUACAAUUGCAUAGCAAAAUAUCUAAAGCCUCUAGCAUCAGCAAAUGCACAUAUAGUAAUUGAUAAACUAAACAUAGUCUCAGAUACAAUUAGUGCAAAAUUAAGUCAAAAUUAAUAGCUUAAUCAAUAGCCUCAUCUUCAUCACCCUUCAGUUCUUUAAGAUAGAAUGAUCAACCUAAGAUAAGAGUAACUGCUAGAAUAUGAUCAUAAUGUUGACUUAAUCAAUCCUAAUCUAAUUAAUUAGCAUCCAAACAAUAUGAGUCCAACUGGUAGCAUUGAUCCAAAUCUUGAGUAAAAUAGCCAACUACUUCAUAUGUGUGGAAACAGAUUCUACAAAUAACAUUAUAUCUUGAGACAGAUCAACAGACAUUUACUGAAUCCUAUCUAUAAAGUUAAAAACCAUAACGGUUUAAAGCCACCUCCAGGUUUAUCACACAUUGACCCAUUGCAUUUGAGUGAAAGCCAAAUUAGUAAGUAUCUCAUGGAAUAAAGGUAGCUAGAAAACUAGAUGAUCUUGAAUGGAAUAGAUCCAUAUUAAAUUCAUGCAUAGAAUUCUCAUGAUAAGCAAUUCGAACUUGCUUAACCUAUACCCAAAGCUCCUACAUAACAGCUCUAAAUGAUGAACAUGCAUUAAUAAUUACCUCAUCAAUAAAUUUCAAGGCAUUAAGAUUGGAGUCCUUAGAUUAAUGGUGAUAUAAGUAGCAAUAGAUUAACUGAAGAAAUGAUUGAGACUUUGAGGAUUUAGUCUUAAAAUGAAACAGCAGUACAGUAGCAACCUUAAUAAUUGAAAGAAAUGCCCAAGUCCUCUAGCAAGAGUGAGGAUAGUUAAUACGACCACUAAUUUUCGGCUUACUCUAGUUUUUUUCAGGAGUAAUUUUAAAAGAAAAAAAGCGCAUUGGAUGAAUAAUUGAGAAGAACCACUUAAUAGCUAGAGAAAAAACUGAUAGAAAACUUAGAGAUUUAAAAAAUUUGGGACACUAAGACUCAUAUAAAUCCAGGGGAGACUGAUCAAGAUGAAGAAGAGGAAGAUGAAGAAGAUAUCGAUGCCUUGAGUCUAAAAUCUGAUACUUAAUCAGCCAACAAUGAAGGAAUUUAAGAUGAGUUACUGUCAAAUGAAAUGCAGAAAAAUAAAAAAAAUGGUUUGAUUAAUGAAAAUGAUGAUUAUUACAACUCCUUAAUAGAUUAACAAUAUAGCCUGGUUAGUAAGCAUCCUAGACAUUCAGGUCAUUCUGUCAACAAUGUAAAUUAACAAUUCAAGGAGUAAAUGCUAAAAUAAAAGACUGAGUUGUUCUAAAAAUUAUAGGAAUAGUUGAACUAACUAAAGAAUGAGAUUUUCUCACAAAAUGAAUAAGAAUUUAACUCAGCAAGCCCAUUUAAAUAAGAUCCUUGCAGUUAUUUAGAAAAAAUUCUUAAUUUAAUGACUAUAUGCAAUGAAGUUGAUUAAACCUCAAAUAUAGACAAAAUAAAGAAGCUAAUAAGCAAAUAUGAUAAGACGAAAUUGACACUAAGAGAAGUUAAGGAAUAGAGGAUUAAGUUUUUCGAGAAUUUAAGUGCUGUCAAUAUGUAGCUUCAUGAUCUUGAAUGCAACUAUUAUAAUCUAAUUGAUGAGAACAAUAACUUAAGAGACAAAUAGUCAUAGGAGAUUGAAAGAUUGGAAUUCAUAAUUAAAUCUACUUAUGAGAAUAUAAAAGAUUUAACUGGAGACAAUACUUCAGCUGAUACCGAUUAAUAUGAAGAGUUAUUCUUGAAGUUGUCAUAGUAAGAAUAAAAAUAAGAAGAUAACAGCAACCAAUCUGCUUAAAACUAAUAGUAGCAGCUUAAAUAACAAAUAGUUAGCUCAGAUGUUUAAGAUAUAGCUUAGGCUGUGCCUUAAGCACUGCAAUCGCCAUUGCAAGGACAAAAUUAACUAAAUCAAUAGUAACUCAACUCUCAGCCUUAAUUUAGAUAAAGAAAAGAGACAAAUUCUUUUCUAAAUUUAAACAAGAAUGCCCAAGGAGAGGAUACAACUGAGUAUUAAUAUUAGUAAGAUUGCUAUAAGAAAAUAACAGAACAAUAAGUUGAGAUAGAUGACUUACGAGAAUAUAUAAAAAAGAGAUCAUAAGAGGAAAACAAAAAGAGAAUGGAGGAUAAGCACAAAGCUGACUAAGAGAUAGUAGACUUAAAACAGCAAAUUGACAAAAUGAAUAAAAGUCAUGUCUAAGUAAUGAAAGAGAAAGAUAUUGAGCUCAAAGCCAUGCAAGAUCAUAUUUUAAGGAUAGACUGUGAUUACCUUAGCAAGAAUUAAUUCAACGGAGGAGACAAGAUUAAAGAGUGUUCAGACUGCAAAAAGAAGGAUUCUAAAGUAAAUGAUCUAGAAAAAAGGAUAGUCGAUCUUACAGAAUAUAUCAAGAAAAAUAAAGAGAGGAUUCCAUCAGGAGCUGUCGGAUCAGCAGAGAUCAACAAGGAUGCUAAGAUUUUUAUUCCUUAGAGCAGAAUGAAUCAAUAGAACAACAAUAGUACUAUAGAAAAUCUUAGGCCUUAGACUUAAAAUCAGUUCAAUCCUCAAGAGAUUUAAACUAAUGCUGCUCCACUACCUUAGUAUAUGGCAAUUACCAUUGACUUACUAAGUAAAUUUGAAAGACUUAUAGACUAUUUUGUUGCUAAGGAUGAGUAGUUAUAACCAUCUCUCUAGGAAUCAAAGAUAAAUAUCCAACAAAUGAAAUCACUUCUUCGAUUUUCAAAUUAAUCAAAAAUAAUUUCAAGGCAUUAAAGAGUACUUUCACAAGGAAAAGUAUUAGAAGAGAUCAAAGAAGAGUUCAAUGAAGAUGAGUAGGAUAAUCUGAGCUUGAUCAAACUUUAACCUACAAAUCAGCAAUAUGUGUUCAUUAAAGACUCAUUCAAGGAGCUAGUUGCUUAUUUCUAAAGUCAACUGAACAUAAUGCUUUCAUCUAAUUAGAAUGAUCAAACAAAUAAUCUGCAAUAAAAUCAAAACAAAAAAUCAGCCACUUCGGCAGAAACAACAGAGUAAAAGAUUAAAGAGUUAGAUUAUUUAAGCAAAGUAGAUGUAUAAGGCUUGAUCCAGACUCAUUACAAAGAAUUAUCAAAAGAAGGUAGAAUUGAGAGAAAGAGUGUGCAUUAGGUCAUAGUAGAUGUUGAGAAAUUCAUGUACUAAAUGAACUCACUGUUUGUCACAGAGUAAAUGAAUCUUGAAUCAUUCAAAAAUAUGACUGAUGAGCAGAAGAUAAUGAGCCUUAAGCAAUAGCCGUAGAUUCAUUUAGAUUAAAGACUUUCCCUAAAUGAUAAAUAAAGAGAACUGUUCUCAAUAAUACUUGAGACCUAUCUCUAACUACCAUUAAAAUUGAAGCCUAUAUUUGACAAGAUGAAAAAUUUCGAGACACUAAUGAGCAAAUUCUAUAAAUCCGAUACCAGCCUAAUUUAAGAUCUUGUUUAAUCAUUCGUAGUGCAAUAUGAAGCAAAGAAGGCUGAUCUUAUUCAAGAAUAGAGCGUAAUUCAAAAAUAAAACGAAGAUAACUAAAACUUGAUAAACUAGAUGAAAGAAGAGAGUGAGUAACUUAAGCAAAAAAUAGUCCAGCUUAGCGAAAAAAUUGUUUAAAUAAAUUCUGCUUAUAAUGCUUUAUAAAAGCAUAUGAAUUCCUUAAAGCCAACCUAGCAACCUUCUUAAACUACAAGUUAGCAAUAAUAGCAGCCAAUUUAAUAAGUUUAAGCUUAACCUUAAGCAUAGCCUGAAUAGAAAAUAACCAGCACCUAACAUUAAUAGGCAUUGAAUUAGAUUUAAAGCCUUUAACAAUAGUUGUAACAACAAACUCAGUAAUAGCAGUUACAAUAAACUUAGGGGUAGUUAAACCAGCAGACUUAGUAGCAAUAGCAAUUUCCAACACAAAUUAAUUAAGCGAUUCCUCAAUAGAUAGUCAUUCCACAAAUUUAAGUUCAAUAGCAGUAGAUAGCUUAGCCUCAAAUAAAUUAGUAAUAAUAGCAAAUUUUAUAGCAGCAGCUCUAAUUAUAAUAGUAAUAUCAAUAGUAGCAGCUAUAAGCUUAGCCAAUACAACAUAUGAGUAUAGAGAAUUUGAGAUAAUAUACCUAGAGACAAUAAUAAAUUUAGUAGCAAAUCUUGCAACAUUAAGUUGCAUUAUAAUAAAAUCGUUAAAAUUAACAAGCAACUACUUAGCCUUAAAGCUAUCUUCAGUAAUAGCAACCAUUCAUUCCCUCGCAUUUAGCAGGCUAGGUCAGUGUUAAGCAAGGAGGUUAAUAGAAGAUUAAAGAUUAAGUCAAACAAACUUAACCUUAGGCAUUUGGAAUAUUAGCAUAAACUGCACAGGAGAAUCAUGGAAGAAAAUAAAAGAAAUCAAACUAAAAUAUAAACAAGCAUUUAUAAUCUCAUAACUACCAAUGA